GGAAACGAGAAGACAGGGAUAUCCUGGACUGACGUGAAGAACCUAGAAGACCUGGAUUUCGCAGAUGAUUUAUGUUUGAUGUCACACAAAAUCGAAGAUUUACAAGCGAAAACCGACAAACUGGUCGAAGAAGCAGCAAAGACAGGACUCCAGGUGAACAUAGACAAGACGGAAGUUAUGAAAAUAACCAACCAACAACAACAACAGCAGCAACAUCCAGCGCCAAUCACCAUCAACGGGAAGGAUUUGAAAGAGGUUACUUCUUUCACUUAUCUAGGGAGCAUUGUCUCAACCACAGGAGGAACGGACGAGGAUGUCAAAUCGAGAAUCGGGAAGGCGAGAAACACAUUCAUCAACCUGAAACCAAUCUGGAAAUCUUCGUCACUCAGCAUCAACAACAAAAUACGGAUUUUCAAUACAAACGUCAAGUCAGUUUUGCUAUACGGAUCAGAAACUUGGCGGGUCACAAAGAAUAUUUCCAACAGCCUGUUGCAGACCUUUAUCAACAACUGUCUUCGUUCUAUACUGAAGAUUAGAUGGCCGGAAAGAAUCACCAACAAGAAGCUAUGGGAACAAACAAAACAGGAACCAAUCGCCCAACAAAUAUGCAGGAGAAAGUGGAGAUGGAUUGGACACUCGCUGAGGAGGCCGUUGGGUGACAUCGCGCGUCAGGCCCUCGAGUGGAACCCGAAAGGGAA